UCUUCAAGUUGUGCAAGAUGUAUUGACGCAUUCCGUUUAAACGAAUCGUCGUUUUGUCUCAUGCACCUUUAGCACGCGCACAUGUUUUAUUUUGCACUGAGGGGGUCACGCAGAUGAACAAAUCAGAAUGACGAAGCAAAGGUAGCUCCUGCAUCGUGCACAAGACUCGGUGUUACCAAACAAAGGACCCACCCGUGCACGCGACAAAGGGAGACAUCGGGGUUCUUUAAAGUGUUUCGGUUCCGCCCUCAACUCGUCCCCGGUAUAAGGAGAUGUGACGCGUCGUGGACAACAACACACACACCGCCAAACGCUCGUGCACGCACGCACUGAAGGAUCAGUGAAACCACCGGACUGCUGUCACGCUUCUGUCACGGGGUCACGUCUUAAAGCAUGAUUCCAGAGCAGAGCUUUGUGUCCAUCCGGAACAGGAUGCAGUCUGUAGGUCGGGCUCUGGAGGAGUUGCUGGUGACGGCUCAGAAACAACACUGCCUGACUGUUGGCAUUUAUGAAUCAGCUAAACUUCUUAAUGCAGACUCAGACAGUGUGGUCCUGUGCGUCCUGGCGGCUGAUGAUGCAGACGAUGUGGCGGUGCAGAUCCACUUCACCCUGCUCCAGUCCUUCUGCUGCGACAGCGGCAUUACCAUCCUGCGAGUGGCAGGAGUUCAGCGGCUCCAGCAGCUGUUGGGGGCUGCGGAUGCCAACAGAAACCCGGGAGAGCUCCGAGACCUUCACUGCAUGCUGGUUACGAACCCUGAGGCCGACCACUCCAGGCUGCAAGAGGUGGGGACCUACUGCCAGGAGAGUCUGGGUCUUGACCAGUGGGUGCCUGAACUGGUUUUGCAAGAACGCUGAAGGGUGGGGCACAAGACUGGAGCUUUCUGGGUCCAGAGGCUAAUGAACUGAGUGAUCCGAUGUUGCUCAUGCAGGGAUGGCCCGGAGGAGACUGGAACGUGAACAUCCUGAAUCACAAGCAGGAACCAAGUACUUCUUUUCAGCAACUAUUGCAAAAGGCAGAUUUCUGCUUUGUGCAGGAGACUCCAAAAGAAGCUUUUAUUACCUGCUUUUGUAUACAUUGUUUAUGGUUGUGUGACAAUCAAUAACAGGAGUAGCAGCGUGAAAGGAAAGAAAGUGUCUGUAAAGACAGGACCGGAAUACUGUAACGAAACUAUGCACAUCCUGUGUAAUAUGACAUGGGAAAGGUUUUGUAGAGAAGGUCUGUGUGAAUGUGUGAUAUGCCUUUACAAUACUAAAUACUUAUUGAAAUGAGCUAAAUAUGCGUAGAAAUUGUCGCCAUGGUAACUGAAAUGGAGAUUAUGUUUAAGUCCCACAACAAAGUUGUUCAUUCUAUUAUUGUCUGCAAAUACUACAUGGUGGUCAGAAUAAUGAACUGUGUCUGCAUUGUUGCAAAGAAUCCUCUGUAAAUUGUUGUUUUAACGCAAAAAAACACAGAGAUAAGGGUGCUGGUCAGAUCAUUUUAAAAUGGCUGAGUUGCACAACUACUGCAUUUGGGAAUGGGAAAAGCAAACUUCCCAUUAAAGAAAACUCAAGCCGGUGGAUGCAGACUCCCUGUUCCAGAAAUCCAGUGGGAGGGUGAAUCUUAAAUGUAAAAUUAAACAUCCCAAGCCCUUUGCAUUGUGUUUGUGUACGUGUUGAACAUACUCUAAUAACGUAAACCUGUGAGUGCACUUGAGCCUCAACCCCACCCGCUCCGCGGUAUCUCAACGUGAUGUAACUGCAACAACGUGCCUCCCCGCUGCCCUCCUCCCUCUCCGCUUGGCUUCCAGCUCUACCCUCUGCUCUCACAUGUCUGUUCACCUUCUCUGACGGCAUAACAUAACACCGGGAACAUUCAGGCACAUGGGCCUCACAUCGGCUGGAUGUGGGUGUGGCUGGCAUUGGGACUUACUCCAUUGUCUCUGGUUCAUCCCCCUAAAUCUGAUUGGCUUGGAGUUGCUGGGAGGACGAAGGCCGGGAAGCGUUUGUCCUCCCAGCAAGUGUUUUUGUGUUUUUGAAACUUGUAUGACAGCCUUGGCUGUUGAAGCAAGACGACAUAUUGCCCAGAAACAGCCAGGGGACAUUGAGCAGUUACAUUCAUGUCAACCAUCCCAAGGCUUUACCAAGCAGCGCUCUUUGCUCAUUCUGUUCUUUGUUUUGUCUCUUUGAUGCAGUAAGUAUUCAUCUCGCACGCUACGUAUCAAGGGAUCAUGUGUGUCACACCUAUGUUGCAUUCAUUUCAUGUCACAGUUUGCAACGUUUC